GAACCGGGUAGCAAGUAGGCCAGACCUACAUCCCGCGGCGCCCUCAACACGGCCAGGAACUUCCGGUUUCGGGAGAAUUAAGCAUGGCGUGCAGCUCCGGAGCUUGCCAGUCCAAUAACUGUUACAAACAAGAAGAAGAAGAAGAAUCGGAACAAAAUUCGAUAGCUUCAAUACUCGACGCCAAACGAGGCACUGAGAGUAACGAUCCACAACAAAGUCUCUGCAUCAAGUGCAAGGCUAAUAGCCCCAUUUCCUGUACUGGUGAAGAUGUGCGCUUCUGUGCCGAUUGCUUCCGCAGUAAUCUCUACGGGAAGUUUAGGCUUGCCGUCUCGUCUCACGCCAUGAUCACCCCCUCUGAUAAGGUCCUCGUCGCAUUCUCCGGCGGCCCCGCCUCCAGGGUGGCUUUACAGUUUGUACAUGAGAUGCAAAAUAGAGCUCAAAAGAAUUUUGAUGCAAGUAGAGACAGAUCGUUACCAGUAUUUGGUGUUGGAGUGGCAGUUAUUGAUGAAAGUGCCAUCUAUCCUAUUCCUGCACAUGAAUUUGAUGAAGCAAUAACAGAGAUUAAAUUAGUUGUUUCAAAUUUAGCCCCUCCAACAAAAGAGUUGCACAUUGUUCCUAUAGAAAAUGUCUAUGCAUCAGACUCUGUUGAUAAAAGAAAUAGAUUGAAAGAAUUGCUAGAUUCUGUGACUGAUGUGACCGGAAAAGAAGAUCUUCUGCUACAUCUAAAGAUGUUAUCCUUGCAAAAGAUUGCAUCUGAAAAUGGGUAUAGCAGGCUUAUAUUAGGAUCAUGCACCUCAAGAAUUGCUUGCCAUGUCAUUUCAGCUGCAGUGAAGGGCCAGGGUUAUUCUUUGUCAGCUAAUAUACAGUAUGUUGAUGCAAGGUGGGAUACUCCAAUAGUGCUUCCACUUCGUGACUGUCUUUCGCAGGAGCUGAACUUGUUAUGUCGUGUUGAUGGUCUAAAAACUGUGGAAUUGCUUAAUGGUCCUUCUUCUGGCAUCAAUCACUUGGUAUCAUCAUUCGUGGCACUACUACAGGAAGAGAACCCAUCUCGAGAGUGCACGAUAGUAAGGACUGCUGGGAAGCUUACUCCAUUUCAUUUCAAUAGAAUUCCUGAAAUUAGUGACUGUAAUGUUCCUUUGGCCACUAGAAGGCGUCAAAAGAGAUUCAGCCUCCAGCCUAAGGAAUCCAUUUCCUCCGAAUCAUUCUGUCCUAUCUGCAUUAGCCCUCUUAACAAAUCUGAAAUGCAGACUUUAAGUGGUUUUGGGAGUUUCCAGAGCUCUGAUACUUUCAGCCCUUCCUGCUGCCCAAGUUGCCGAUUUCAGAUACUUCCCAAGGAUCCCCAUUCAAUGGAGCAUUUUAUUUCUCUUUUACCUCAGCCAUUGGCUGCCCAAUCAAAGCAUGACAUUGGUGGCAAUCUCAAUUUAUUGAGAGAGCAAAUACAAGAUUUCCUGCUUUCAGACAGCGACAGUGAAACUUGAUGCUACUCCCCGCUUUCAGGAUCCUCUCCUGUCUUUUUUGUUCGCUCUCUUUACUAGGCAUUGGAAGCUAUCAUGUUCACUCCGAUGAAGAAUUUGAGUGAGGGAAUAGCAGCUUUUUCAUAAGGUUAGCAACACGGUUGUCGUGUUAGCAUCGAGUUAGUUCUACGGCUUAUCUACUGUUUCAGCUUUUGAAGAAUUUAUUGUGCUUUAUUUGUUAUUUUUACAAAGUAACAUUUAGGCUUUGGUUACUAGGAACUUAUUAAUUUGAAGUGUAUCUUGCUCUAUAAUGAGAUGCUGUAAUGCGUUCAUGUCAUCCUCGAUGAGAAGAAAAAAUAAGGCUUUACAUGGUCAUGAUAUUUAUAUACUGCAGUGUAUGUUUUCUGACCA